AUGUCGUUAGAAGCUCUACCCCAGGAUGACACAUUUCUACCUUCAACUUUACGCGUCAUGCGAGGAAUAGACAGUCUUCCACAAGUCGCUGCUAACUUUCCCACCCUAGAAGAGAAGGCCCUUCGUUCACCAAGCGAACUGACCGAGUAUGAACGCCGUCAACUUCUUGACUUCCCAACGAUUAAGAUAGAAAUUGAGAACACUGCGAAAACAACGUCUAAAUCUCGAGAUGAACUUUUCAAUCUUGUACUUACGGAUAUCCAAUCGCUUUCGGAUGAUGAACUUGGACUCGUUGAGCGCAACUUUUGGUCUAUACAAACAGACGAGGAGCUUUUCAAACAUGUUCGCGGACAAACAACUGGAAGUCCUGAGUCUGUAGCGAGGAUACACAAAGCACGCGAGUCUCUCUAUCUACCUAAUGAAUUGAAAUGUAUGUCUACUGCAUGUAUUGAGUUGAUCCGUCGAAAUAAAAAAAACCGCGAUGACGAACAGCGGAAGUGGGGUGGGCAUAAUCCGUCUACGGAACCUGCCUGGAUGUUAUCUCUAACUCAAAAAUUCCACCACAAUCCUUCAUUGACAUGCUGGGGAUAUAUCGCCCUUUUCGACGCCGGGGCGCAAAAAGUCGACGCAGAAACUCUUGACCGGUUCAACCGCACAAUACAAGGCCUUUUUUCAGAAACCAUGCGCCACAACGGCAUCUACAGGAAUCUGCUGAAUAAAAAAUGGAAAUUCCUGAAUUUCAAUAUCCCAGAAGGUGUGUACCCCUCAGAAACUGACAACUCAGCCCUGAGAGAGGCAUUCCAUACUUUGAUCACCAAACCAGAAGAAUACAACGCACCCCUGGGUAUUGACGACCGUUCGCCCGCGGAAAGAUUGUCACUUCACAAUGGUUAUCUGACCAACACUUUCAUCGUCAUAAAUAAAAUCUGCAUAGAUUCCGUGCUCAGCGACUCGCGUCGCGUGGAUGACAUGAGAUUCCUUGCAUUCGAGGCUGGUUUUCCGGAACAGGGACGGAGUUAUGUCGAGGGGUAUAAGGGGUGGACCUGGGUGAGAUUGGAACAACUUGUUGACAGCUUUUAUGCGGAGAGAAUGAGCGGAGGAAGAGGAAUGGAUGAGAUUAGGAAAGCUGCACAGGGGAGUAAGAACGAAGCCUUUGCGAGUAUGGAUUCGGAGGAAGCGAAGAUUUGGACGGCAAGUACGGGAAUGACAGGCCCUUUACCGGAGAGUAUACUGGGGAAAAAAAGACGGGCGAGACAAGCGUGA